AUGCGCACGAGAAUUUUGAAAUAUGGAGCUUUUGAAAAGCAGGAAAUACAACUUUUAGUUACAUUUGAGUCAGAACUUUCAUUCCUGGGACUUCACACAUAUUUACUAGCUAAACUUAAGAACGACGCUCUGAUGUCCCUAAACAGUUCUAUGAAAUCUGAAAAUUUGGUUAGCAUACAGCGGUCGACUGGAGAGUCGUCGAAAGGCGGAUCUUUUAUUAGAGCUAGAAUUACGGGAACUCGUGGUGAACAGCAUAGGUUAUCAGUGCCUAAUUUGGCGGAAUUGAUGCACAACGCAGCUUCGACGGACUCUUGUAAUGGAGCUGCAAGCAGUGCCAAAGCUUUAACCUCGAAACUCGGUAGAACUCCAGGGACAGGAGAGUUACAGACGAUUAAUGAAGGUCUAAUAACGCCUGUAGUUCGAAGGAAGCAGUAUAACAAAGAUGUUGGUAGUGUGGUUGCAUCAACAAGUGGAUGGUCGGGAAUUGAUGCCUCGAAACCGUUUUCUUAUUAUAAAAAUCCACUUAGAGAUGACGAUGACGACUCAAGAAGCGAAACAGGGGCAGUUGUCGAUCACGCGUUUACUCGAAGGUUAAUCGUUUCAAAAUUUCUUUUAACGAUGCAGAAUUGUUUGCUUGGCAAGGAAGAAGGCAGUUUGACCUUGCCGAUUGCAAAUUUUCUCUACUGCUAA